AUGCUCAUCAUUUUUCUUGGAAAAGUAGCGGUGGAAGAGGAAAACGAAACGAGACUAUGCGUGAACUAUACACAAGGACUGAUGAACAACUACAUGACAAAUCGGCUGCCCACGGUGGAAUGUUGUGCAUGUUCAGAAAGGCACGGUGAACGCUGUCCAACUGAAAACUGCCUUCGAAAAUGCAGAGGAAACUACUGUGUUGUGGACUUUGACGGCGUAGAGCAGGGCUGUGGCUUGGGUUUCCCACGUCUGCAAUCGUUCCUGAGGACGGUAAACUAUCUGGAUUAUCAAGGAUCUCUAAUUUGUGCAAGAUAUGAAGCAACACCUGGAACAGUUAUGAAUGGUUGCACAUGUACUCAGCCUUCACAGAAUGCUGGAAUCAAACCGGACAUUUCAGCUCCCACUUGUCAACGAUUUCAGGUGAAGAAAGUGAUCGAACGCCGGUUAGAUGAUCAGAACUACUGCUACAGUUUGAACCAUAAAUCAAGUAAACCGUUUGGACAAGAAGUAUUCAAGAAGUGG